UGCACUUUCGGUAUUGCUAUAACGAACGGGACGCGAAUAUUACAGACAAAUCGUUUGGACGUUUUUUUUGUAACGUUUUUAAUUCGUUGAAAUGAUUAAGCAGUUUUUUUUAGUACACGGUUAAUCGCUUUAUCCGGCGAACGAUAUAACCAAAAAAAUAUCCGUAAGCUGCUGUAGCAAUCUUGCAUUAACAUUCUUCGCUUGAAACAUGUUUUUAUAUUGUUGGCGAAAACAAACGAUGCUAAUUGUUGAGAAAAUACAUAAGCAAUCGAAUCGUGGCCGUUGUUCGAAUGAAUAUAAGUUAUGAAAUGAAAAAAAUCCGGACAUUUUUAUUCGCAUUAAGUGUGUUGUAAUACGUGACGUACCUACUCAAGAAUACGGUGUGCGAUUUUAUGACUUUGCUGUGUGGAAGUACCGUGCAUCGUUAAAACAGAAAAUAUGGCGGUUUUCCGGUUCUUCGUAUCAAUAUGCUUUAUCACGUCAAGCGUCUUAACGCUUUUGCAAAAGCCGACAAAGUUCCAAGAACGUGACUAUUGGUACGAGGAAGCUCGGUCGGCUCUGAACAAACGUCUGGCUGGUUUCGACGGGAAACUAGGCCGAGCGAAAAACGUUGUGUUCCUGGUCGGCGACGGUAUGGGUGCGUCCACUCUGACUGCAUCCAGGAUAUUCAAAGGUCAACGCCGAGGCAACCAGGGCGAAGAAGAAGAAUUACUGUGGGACACUUUCCCCGCAGUUGCAAUGGCCAAGACUUAUAAUUUAAACGCACAAACCGGAGAGUCGUCGGCUUGUGCCACUGCGUUGCUGUGCGGGGUCAAAGCUAAUUUCGAAACAGUCGGGUUGGACGGCAAAGGGAAAUUUGAAAAUUGUUAUUCCAGCUUCGUGUCCAGGGUGGAUUCACUGGCAGACUGGGCACAACAAGAAGGAAAAUCAACCGGGGUGGUAACUAACACCCGAAUCACUCAUGCCACGCCGUCUGCUUUGUUCGCCCAUUCGCCAAGUCGUUAUUGGGAAGACGACAGCAAAGUGCCCAUUCCGUCCAGGAAAUCUUGUAAAGACAUUGCCCGCCAACUGGUCGAAGACGACCCAGGACGACACAUUAACGUACUGUUGGGCGGCGGAAGACGACAUUGGUUGCCAAAAGUGACACAGGAUCCUGAGCAGCCGACCGACGAAGGGAGAAGACUUGAUGGUCGGAAUCUAAUUGACGACUGGGUUAGAGACAAAAAGAAACGGAACAUCAAGGCCGAAUACGUGUGGAACAAAGGUCAGCUAGAUAAAGUGGAUCCGAAAAAUGUCGACCAUCUAUUAGGGCUGUUCGCGUAUUCCCAUAUGGAUUUCGAGGUGGACCGUGACAAAGGACUCAACGGCGACCCUCCUUUACACGAGAUGGCAGUCAAAGCACUGUCUAUACUCCAGAAGAACAACAAAGGAUUUUUCUUGUUCGUCGAAAGUGGUCGAAUUGAUCACGCUCAUCAUUACAACAAUCCGUAUAGAGCACUGGAGGAAACUCUGGUGUUGGAGUCCACGCUGGAAGCUAUCAUGGCUAAGGUGGACUUGUCUGAAACGUUGAUCGUCGUCACUGCGGAUCAUUCGCAUGUCAUGACAAUGGGAGGGUUGGCUACGCCCCGUGGCAACGAUAUAUUAGGCGUGGACGUCAAGCCCUCCGACGUUGACGGCCUACCUUACAGCACUCUGCUGUACGGCAACGGUCCUGGCCACAGCCCCGAGCAUAGGCUGGUGCCCAUGAUGAAUGCGACGGACGAGGAAAAGCACAACCAGCUGCACAGCGCCGCGGUACCUCGGCAAUGGGCCACGCACGGGGGCGAAGACGUGCCGGUCUAUGCUAUCGGACCACCCGGCAUCACACAAGCCCUGUUCUCGGGCACUUUCGACCAAUCUUACGUGCCCCACGCCAUCGCCUAUGUGGCAUGCUUGGCCGAACACGCCAAGAGAUGUCAGCAAGUGUCCAACCAUAGCACCACAGAUCUACCGGGCAAACUCGUGAUCGGAUCCAUAUCUCAAGGUUGCGUAGUGUCCGACACCAACUCGGUAGCGGCCACCACGUCGACGACGGGAGGCGCCAAAAGCGGAUCGGCCAUAGUGUUGGCCAGCAGCGUGCUGUCCGACAACGGCUCGUCCAAGCAGAUCAACAAUACCAAGUCGGUUAACUGUGGUUACGCGCUGAUCGCGGCGGCCGUCGCACUGGUCGCCGCGGUCACGUAAAGAACCGCGCUCGCGUAACCGUCACCGCGGUAACCGCCGCGCCGGUACCCGACCGUGGCUGCCGUGCUCGGUCGUCGAAUGGCGGUAAAUUUCUCGAAAUUUAAAAAUAUAAUAUAACGUUAUUAUAAAUAAUUUUUUUUUUUAAACACACUAAAUAAAUGAGAAUAUCGGAGACGUUGACAGACGUGCCGGACCAACAUAACACGUAUAAUUAAAUAGACCGUAUGUAGCAUUUAUUGUACAUAUAAAGAUUAUUAUUUUUUGCAAAAUAUAUAUAAUAAGUAAGUAAAAAUAUGAUUAUGUUCUGGGGUAAUUGUUUUUUAUGGCUACUGUUUAACGUUACCCGUGGACUGAUUUUUGAACUUUGUAACCGCAUUGGUUUCAAAUCGAUAGCCUCAGUACAGUUCUGUGCCCGUGUCCAGAGCCUCUAUUGUUUUACAAGGCCUCGCACUAUGUAUGAUGCAUUUUUUUUUUGUUUGUACUACCUCACCUACCUAUGCAUCAACGUGAUUAAACCCUAAACAUUGUGUAGGGCUUCGAAAAGUUUAACGGCUGGCCCGCCCCAGUUUCCGGUAUUCUCAUUUUCCGUAUCUUGCUCGACCGCCCACCCACUGUUAAUAAGUAUUGUGUAAACUAUUCGAACGGAUCUGUUACUUUUAGUGUUGUAUUUAUACGAAUAUUUCUAAUCUUAUGUUAUUGUUGUAUAUAGUAUGUUAUGUACUAUAAUCUAUCUACCUACUAUACUAAUCGUCCGACGGGGUUGACUUGUAAAUUAUCUAUUCCGGAAAGUCUCCUUUUCGUCUAUUCCUUAUACAAAAUCCAGCUAAUUCGAUUGUCUUAAAAUUAAAUAUCAAACGGAAAUCACAUAUAUAUAUUUUUUUUCCGAUGUAAACUUUUUAAGACAUACGUGAUUCGAAAAUAAAAUUACCGCUAACUUGCACCGAGCAAAUAUUAACCGACUCGCAUAAUAAUAUCAUAUAGAUCCGGAACACAUUUACCAUUUAUUCACAAACACACGGGACGUUUUUGGUUGUGUGUAAUUUUAUUAAUAUUUAAUAAAGUUUGCGGUGAAACAUUCCCACAACGCUCUAAUGCGGAUUUAUUUUUACCCAUUGCGCGCAAGAAGAAAGCAAAAUAUGUUUCAUCAUUUUAUAUCAUACGUACACAACGUAACAUUGUUAUGUUUAGUUUUCUGGAAUAAUUCGCGAAAAAUACAUCAGUCAUAAAUGUAUACAUAUUAUAUUGUUUAGUAAAAAAAAAAAAACUAUUAUGCUCCUAAUACGUUUACAAUAUUUAUGUAGCUGCCAUAUUAUCUCAGCUGUACGACUAUCUUAGAUGGGGUUGUGUCUUUCUGAACAUUUCUGAACGGUACCUACUGCCGAUAAGUCGAGAGGGAAAUAUAUAAACUCAAGCUGUUGUCUCGAGAGACGCCGAACCGACGCAAUUAAGCAGCUAACUUCGCAAGAGCUUCACAAUAUUAAAUCCAAAUGAUUCUUUUAUCGUUGUUUCAUAUGAAUUCGCCAUUAGCUAUUCAGUCAUUCACUCAUUUCGCCUGCACGUUCAAAACGUGAUAUAAAGUUUUAAGCAAACGUAGAACUUAUGACUUUAUAAUGUAAUUUAUUACAAACACACAAAACCUUUAAAUUGUUUGUACGACAUAAAGUAAAUACAACGCACUUAAAAAUGUAAGGUAAAUAAUUAAACAAAUAAUAAUAUUAAGUUACGUCAAAUGCCAUUUAUUUAAAUUUGCCACAUUCUGAAUUUAUACUUAAAAAAUGUUUACAACCUAUAUUUUAUUUAUUUAUUCGUACAACCUAUAUAUUUAAAUAGCAGUCUACACUAUAAACGUGUUAAUUAAUUUUUUUUUACCGGAGAUCAACGGUGGUAGUUGGAAAUUCUAUGGCACAUAAAUCGUUUAAAUAUUUCGAUGAAAUAGUAGCAGUUGUUUAGUAUGGCAUUCAUAAAAUGCUCCACCAUUUUUUUUCUCAUUUUAGCUAGAAUUUAAUUUUCCUAUAAAAAAAACAUUUUAACUUUGACUCUAGCAUUUUGCUUUAUCAUGCUUAAAUCGUUUUUACAUUAAUUACUGUUUACCAUUUCUAUUUUAGCUUGUACCACAAAAGACAUAAGCAACGGUUUUAAAUUUUAAUACGUUAGCAGGUCAGGUCAGGUCACGUAAUUUAUUAACAAACGAGAGACAAGCUUAAGUACAAUUUUAAACAAUAAUUGUAAAGAAUAUUUACUUUUUAAAGGAUAAUUUUAAAUCAUAACAUAUUAUUAGAUAUAAGAUCUAUUUUUUACUUAAUAUUCUAUUUUACAAAAAAAACAACAUAAAAAUUGGAUUUUUGUAUAAAAGUUAAAUUUACAGCACCGUUAUUUUGUGAAAAAAAAUCCUAUAAGAAAAAUCUCUACUUUGUGUACUGACCUGUUUGCAAUAUACGGUAUACCUGCUAAUAAAAUAAAUUUAAUGUAAACUUUUUUUAUGUUCAAAGAAAUAUUUUACUUUAAUAGUUUUGACGAUAAAACACUAAUGUAUUAAGCGUCUUUAUACUACAAUCCGGUAGAACCACUUAAAAAAAAAAUUGUUUGUGAGUAACUGAAAUUCCACCAAAUAACCAAAAACGUCUAACUGUGUUUGGAAAACGGCUUAAAAUAAUAUUGUCGGAUGCUAUAUUAUUAUUAUAUAUUUUGUUCCUCAAGCUUGCUUAUUAUGUUUCCGUACACGAACUUUCCGGAAUUGAUGGCUUCUCAUUAAUUUUUAAAAAAUGUUUAUUAAUGAUUAAUAUUGUUUGAAAAAAAAAUUACUAUUA